GGAGACGAAUGGAAAGCUUUGCGUAAGAGGAUCCUGCCUGGAAUGGCUCCAGGGCAUCUCCUUAAUCUCGUAGACGCCAUCCUCGACAAGACGGAGACAUUCAUCAACCUCAUAGAAGAAAAAGCCAAGACGGGUGAAGAAAUACGUCUUGAAGAAUACACCACCAAUCUUGUCUUCGACAUCAUCGGCAUUGUAACGUUCAACAUGGACCUAAACGCUCAGAUUGAGGGAAAGCAGAGCGAUGUCCUGCUAACCUACCGCGCUUUGUCACAGGUCUUCAACAAGCGCCCAUUUGGAGCUGUCUGGUGGAAGGAAUACUUCACGAAGAACGAGCGCGAGAUCAGACGUCUUGACAAGAAGCUGGAUGGCAUUUUGAAAGAGGAGAUUCGGAGGCAGCACAAAGAGAUACUGGCUGGCGCGGACCCCACGUCCCGAAGCGUAGCGACGCUCAGUCUCUAUGGUAUUGAUAAGCUUACGCCCGAAAUCCUUCAGCAAACAAGUGACACUCUUCGCGGGUUCCUCUUCGCUGGACAUGAUACCACAAGUAUCCUACUGCAAUGGUGCUUCUACGAACUCCACCGGUGCCCUGCCUCCGCAAAAGACCUCAAGAAUGAGCUCGACGCAGUGUUCGGUGCAGAUGCGAGCCCCCAGUCCGUUAUUGAGCAGCUGCGAGGUCCCCAGGCGGGAAAGCUCCUCGCCCGCCUACCUUACACAGACGCUAUUAUCAAAGAAGCGCUGCGCCUGCAUCCGCCAGGAACCACAGCACGUAUGACGCCCAAGGGAUCAGGAAGCACAAUCACCCUCCCCGACGGACAACGGCUAGUCGUUGACGGCUUGUGUGUUACUCCACGCGCAUACGUCAUUCAGCGGCACCCGAAGAUCUUUGGCGAGACGAGAGACGACUUCAUGCCUGAGCGAUGGCUUGGGGAGGAAGGCGCGAGAAUUCCCGACAGCGCGUUCAGGCCAUAUGAGCGUGGGCCAAGGAGGUGCACGGGGUCCGAGCUGGCGAAUCUGGAGGUCCGCAUCGUGCUGGCUGCUGUGGCAAGGCGGUUCGAGUUUGUCAAGGUUGGACAGGGGGAGCUGGAUUUGGAUGAGAAGGGGUUGCCUCAGCUGGACAAGAAGGGGUGCUAUAAGACGAAGUCGGCAAUGUUCUCGACAUAUCUGGUCACAUGCAAGCCUGUGGACGGUAUGCUGUCCAAAGUCAAAAUCAAGGCAGGACCUCAAGGAAGGAACGACAGUCUCAUUUGAUCGACCUCGCAGGCUAUAAAGUGAACCAAACCGUGACAUUUGAAGGUACAAAUGGGGUAUAUAACUUGUAUCGGAAGUCAAAAUCGUCCUUCCCCGAAUUAAAAAUUGUUCUCUCG